AAGCGUGCAAAUCAAUGGCGAACGUGGUCGGACAAAGUUUUACCAGAUCUCAUCCGCCCAUACCUCGCUUACCUCAAAGCAUCGAACCACUUUCACCGCAGCGCUGACAUAACGAGAUUGACUGCCGCUCGCUCUUGCUCGGCCAAUUGCCAUGGCUUCCGCCGACGGGUGGAAGUCACUUGUUUGGAGCCUAAUGUAACGAUUGAAUCGUGUUCAUGCACGCCAGUACCCGUCCGUCUGGUCAAUGCGGGCUUCUUUCCGUGUGCACCGACCGAGCCGUCCCUCGCCGUCGACAUGCGGCUGUUGCAGUUCAUCACCAUGCUGUCUGUGCGCACACCACCGAACGUCUCCGCCUGGUCAGACACUCUUGAGAGCUUCUUACUCAAUAUGGGACAUAAAUUAGAAGGAAAGGGCAAUCUUCGUCGGCGUUUCCAGCGUGCAUUUCAUUGGUAUCGGGUACUUGUGCGACAAUCUGACGAGUUCAUGCAAAGUCUUCUCGUCAAACUUACGCCCCCUCGAAAGGAUCAACCCACCCAAUAUCUCCGCGAACGGUGCCCGCUAUGUUUCGGAGGGAAUGAUUGGAGGCGAGGAAGGCGUCAGGAGAUGGGUCCCGACGUCAUCGUGUGUAUUGACGCAUGCUUUACCCAGAAGCGCUCGAACGGACACCGGCUAUCAGACGAUAGAGACCCUCCAAAUCCGACAAAGACUGUAUUCCUUUCUGAAGAGAUGGUAGCCGACGCGGAGCGCAUGGUCAACAACAAGCGUCCCCCGCGAACAAGAAAGCGACAAGCACCAUCGUCACAGGACGAGGACGUGAUCGAGGAUGGAAUGCGUAUCCCAUCCUCCGUUUUAGAUGGGUGCGGUGAAAGCUUCAUUGCAGCGGAUGAAAAGCGUUCAAAGGCAAGCACUCAAUUUUUCUCCGACACCGGACUGAUGGCUCUUUUGUGCCGCCAUGAUCAAGUUCUCUGGCUCGUCAACAUGACGUCCUCCGGCGAAAAGCAACACUACGCUCUCGCUCUGAUUAUAGAGCUGUUCAACCACCUUCCUGCCGAUAUGAACGUUGGACUCCUGUACGACAUCGGUUGCCAGCUUGAGCGAAGUUGUCGCAACUUCUCCUUCAUUCCUGAACUUCUCCCGCGGAUAGUGUUCGCCAUCUCUGUCUUUCACGCGUAUGGACAUCAGUGGCCCUGCCAGAUCGUUUAUCAUCCAUGGAAGUGCCCAGGAUUCGGCUUCUCCGAUGGCGAAGGCUGUGAACGCCUUUGGAGCGCACUCAAGUUGCUUAUUCCCUCAUUGCGGGUAUCUGGGUUUUACCAGCGGCUGUUCGCGCUGGAUGUUCACGUAAGCUAUUUGGACGUCAAGUCCCUCGAAAAUAUCGGCCAUUGGCUCCAGCGCAGAUGGAAGUCCGCUCAGCAGCGACUCUCGGAAGCCUCACGUGGCUUGCGCGCCACUGGUGUUGCCGAAACGGUGUUGCGGGUUCAAUGGCGGGAUCAAGUUAUUGCGCAGACGCGCCCUUUGCCAAGGCAGUCGUCAGGUAGGGCUGAGGAAGACGUCCUUCGUAUUAUCGAACUCGAAAAGACGUACGAAAAAGCGCGAGAAACCCUGCUCUCGUCCGAGGCACAACUGGCAUCUGGGGGGGCCGUACACCUGAUCGACACAACACUAAAUCUCGAGGAAGAACGUGCGCGAUGCGGGCGCCUCAAGCACUCUCUCUCAAAGCUCAAGGCGGCUCUCGGCUUAGAAGGCCGGCGGAAACUAGGCGACAUGCGUCGCAACAAGUACUUACAUACGCGGAUGAAGGCACUGGCGCUCAAAACCAGAAUUCGAGACAAGCUUCGCCAUCGCAAGUUUGAGCUCUCCAAACUGGAGCGAGCAUAUCGUCAAACGUUAAACGAGCAACGUCUCCACGAUCAUACAGCUCAGUCUGUCAAACGGAAGGAGCCCUCCAUUGCGCAGCUGGUCAAACGCUAUAACGACCUCGUCAUCAAACUCAAGAAAAUCAAGGACGAUGACCGGUCGCUCUCUCAUGUGGUCGUCCCCCACUUCAUCAACUCCGAGGGAAUAUUUGCACUCGAUGUCGACGACAACAUAUGGGAGGACGUGGGGCUUCAUGAGGGCGAAGCUAAUCCUCCCGCCUGGCUCGGCAACGAGAAGGUUCGGGAGGGGAUCCGUCACAUGCUGGCUUACGACCGAAGCGUCGAGGAAGUUGCGAGGUUGUCCAACGAGCGCGCUCGCUUGCAAGAGUGGACGCUUGUGACUUGGUCUGCGUUG